AUGGUUCUCUUUGAUUUCAAAUCAGACAAGCACUUUGUUACCUCUUCGGACAAAACCACCCUUAGAGUUUGUGAGUUGAGCGAUCCUUCUAUUCACCCUUCUCUUAUCAGAAAUGCUCACUGGAGAGAAGUUGGCAAUAUCACGGUUGAUAGCGACGAUGAUGAUGAUAGAGACGUUGAUGACUUGGCAGAAGAGCGGUACUACGACGGCCUGUUGUUUUUCGAUGGCCAUGGGAUGAUCGAGGGACAGGAAGCCCUGACCAGGCUAGCACAACAACUCACCAGAUUGGGUUUGAUGGUGAGCCCUGGAGGGUGCUGCUUCCAAGACGUGACUGAGCUCCGCGAGCAUAAAGAGUUCGGAAUUCACUAUCUCCGGUUGAACGAUCUCUUCAACUGGUCCAAUCAUGGUGUUUACUCGGCAAAGAUCGGCAUGUGGCAGCGCUUGGAGUUGAAGUACACGGUGCCAAAGCAUAAGAAAAUAUCAAAGUCGCCGAUGGCGGUGGGCGUGGUGAGUAAGGAGAAGUACGAGGAGUUGAGAAGGAUGUUGAACGAGAAGAAGGAGGAGCUGAAGAAGGUGACCACGGAAAUGGAAGACGAGAUUCAAAAACUGAGGGAUGACCACGAAGAAGAGCUACAGAAGGUCCAACAAGAGAUGGAAGCGGCCAUUGACAAGAGAGAUGCCGAGCUACGGAAGGUGAAGAAGGAAAAGGGCGAGGAGUUGCGGAAUCUGAGGAAGGAGAAGGACGAGGAAAUACGAAAACUGAGGCGGGAGAUGUGUGAUGAAGUGGAAAGACUGGAGAGAGAGAAGGAUGAACUAACAUCAAAGCAGCUAGAUCAGAAGAAAGACAAGGAGGAAACGGUUCACCAACCGGGAAAGGAGCAGGAAAUGAAGAUGCUGAGGAGGGAAGCAAACGAUUUGAAGAAGCAGGUCAAAGAGAAGGACGAGGAGUUACUAAAGCUGAGACGGGAGUUAGGCCAGCUAGAGCGGUAUAGUAACAACUCAUGGACAAAUCUAGGUUCUGUAAAAUACGUUGCUACCGGCUACGGCAGGCUCAGAAAACGGGUGCCGCGAGAGAAGUUUGAAAGGUACAGCGAAAUGAAGAUCGUGCAUGGCUGCCACCGCUAUGCUCCCCACACGACGGCGUUUUCGGCGUUCCCUAGGCUGUACAUCGGUGUUUUAGACGAGGUGUCGACCGACCAUUGGCCGCUUCCUCCUAGCGUUAAGUUUUUGGUUGGUAACGGCGGCCAGUUCGACGUCGACAACUGGUGGUUUAUGAAGACGUCUCACCCGGAAGGAGGCACGACGAUGCUGGCUUUUUACGACGGCAGUCUUUCGAGUUGUGCGGACGUCGGGUAUACAUGCAAUACGAGAUUGUCUUACCCUAGGGGUCGUGAUUUUUAUGCGGAUAGAAGCUUCUUCCUGGUUUCUAUGGAUAGUGAAUGGAGGCUGGCUUUUACGUAUCGAGAGUAG